AUGCCCGAGUUUGAUCAUGGACUAACUGAAUUUCUUGAUGCUGCAUUUUCUAAGGCAGCGAUACGAGGUCAGAUAUGUUGUCCCUGCAAACGGUGUAAAAAUCGUUACUGGUUUCGUAGAGAUGAAGUUUUUGAUCAUUUAAAAGGACAAGGAUUUGUAGAAAACUAUACUUUAUGGUUUUUUCAUGGAGAAAAUGCACCUGAUAAUGCAACACGUGAUGACGAGGCAAAUGUGCAUGACAACACUGAUGAGCUAUUGCAUGAUAGGUUUAGAGACACCAUAGAUGAGGCAAGAAGGGUACAUGAAGGUAUAAAUAAAGACGCCAAAACAUUCUACCGGUUGGUAGAAGAUGGGAACCAAGAUCUAUAUCCUGGAUGUAAAAAUUUCUCCAAGCUAUCCUGCAUCAUUAGACUAUUUCUGUACAAGACGCUUCAUGGGCUUAGUAACGUGGCAUUUAACGAUCUCCUACAACUUCUAAAGGAGAUCAUUCCAGAAGCUAAACUUCCACCUAAUUUUACUCAAGCUAGAAAAAUCAUAAGAGAUUUGGGGCUUGAUUAUAAAAAGAUAGAUGCAUGUCCAAACGAUUGCAUGUUCUAUUGGAAGGAGUCUGAACAUGAUGAUGUAUGUCAUGAUUGUCACACCUCUAGGUGGAAAGAUGACGAUAAUUCGGACAAAAAAACUUCAAAGGUUCCUGUUAAGAUAGUGUGGCAUUUUCCUCUAAAACCUAGGCUGCAAAGGCUCUUUAUGUGUUCAGAAACGGCUAAAUAUAUGACAUGGCAUGAUAAAGAACGUCCAAAGGAUGGAAAUCUACGACACCCUGCAGAUGGACAAAGUUGGAAGGAUUUUGAUUCUUUGUAUCCUCAGUUUGCAAAAGAAACUAGAAAUGUGAGGUUAGGGUUGUCUAGUGAUGGAUUCAACCCGUUCCGAACAAUGAGUAUUGCUCAUAGCACAUGGCCUGUGGUGUUAGUUAAUUACAACUUGCCUCCAUGGAUGUCAAUGAAACCCGAAUAUUUUAUGUUGUCGUUGUUAAUCCCCGGACCUGAAUCUCCAGGUAACAAUAUUGAUGUUUAUUUGCAGCCUCUAGUUCAAGAGCUGAAAGAAAUAUGGGUUGAUGGGCUCGAUACAUAUGAUAGGUCUAAAGAUGAGACUUUCAAAUUGUAUGCAGCCUUAACUUGGACUAUAAGUGAUUUUCCGGGCUAUUCAAUGCUAUCAGGGUGGAAGACAAAGGUAAAAAAAACAUGCUAUAUGGAUCAUCGCCGAUUUUUACAGGAAAAACACCCAUGGCGACUUAAUACAAGUGCUUUCAAUGGUAAAGUUGAAGACAGGUUUGCUCCUAAACUCUUAUCAGGCGUUGAAGCUUUAGAAAAGUCAUCUAGUGUUCAAAAUUUAUUUGGAAAGAAACGAAAGAGAAAAAAUGAUAGUACUUGCCCAUGGAAGAAAAGGUCAAUAUUUUUUGAGUUGCCAUAUUGGCAAUUUAAUACAUGUCGACAUAAUCUUGAUGUGAUGCACAUUGAGAAGAAUAUAUGUGAUAACCUCAUAGGUACUUUGUUGGAUAUUAGCUGGAAGUCAAAGGAUCAUCCAAAAGCUCGAUUUGUCCUUUUAGAACUGGGUAUUAAAGAAAGACUGCACCCAGAAUUUUCUGAUGAUGGUAACCAUAUUUUAUUUCAAAAUGCAUGUUUUUCUAUGUCAUCAAAAGAGAAAGAUAUUUUUUGUCGGGCUUUGAAGGAAGCAAAGUUGCCUAAUGGAUGUGCAUCUGAUUUUUCACGAUGUGUUCGUUUAGCAGAAAGGAAAGUUUCUGGUUACAAGAGUCAUGAUGCUCACAUAUUGUUGCAUUACUUACUUCAAGUUGCCGUGAAAAAAUCUUUACCCAAACAUGUUGUAAUCCCCUUGAUCAGGCUUGGUGCCUUUUUUCGAAAUUUAUGUAAGAAGGUAAUUAAGCCAGAGGACCUUGACCAAUUACAACUAGAAAUAACCGAGAUAUUAUGUCAACUCGAGAAAAUAUUUUUGCCAGCCUUCUUUGAUAUCAUGGUUCACUUGCCUAUUCAUUUAGUAAAUGAAGUUAGGCUUGGUGGACCGGUACAAUAUAGGUGGAUGUUUUUCAUGGAAAGAUACCUGUGUAAGCUGAAGUCAUAUGUGCGAAACAAGUGUAGACCAGAGGGAUCCAUAGCCGAAGGGUAUUUGAUUGAAGAAUGUUCGACAUUUUGCUCACGUUAUAUGCAGGAAGGAGCAAAAACUAGACUUAAUAAGGGUGUUGAAGACGUUGAUGCCUUGGACAACACAAAUGAAUCUGGUGUAAAAGUAUUUGUCAUUGAAGGUCAUCCGCUCGGAGGUAAAAAACGAAGAGAAGGAAAGACUUUCACUUUAGAUGCUCGUUUAAAUGAACAAGCACAUCGAUAUGCCUUAUUCAAUUCUGAUUGCGACACGAUUGAAGAGUAUAUCAAGUUUCACACCAAAGCACGUGAUCUUAGAUGUAAGACUCAAAAUAGCGGCGUUUCAGUAACUGCUUUAACUCCUAGUUUUGCAAGCACACGGGAUAAAAACCCCGUUGAUGGGAACGUUGACUACUAUGGUAGAAUUUUGGAAAUAAUAGAGCUGGACUAUUCAUCAAGUUUUAGUGUUGUUUUGUUCCGUUGUGAGUGGUAUCAAAUUGAGAAAGACGAGUUUGCUUUAACUUGUGUUAAUUUGAACAAGUUUUGUUGUUCAGAUGAUCCUUUUGUCAUGCCUAACCAAGUGCAUCAGGUAUUUUAUGUGCCAGAUCCUAUAGAAGAUGGUUUGCAUUAUGUUAUGAACACUGUUCCCAGAGAUUUCUUUGACUUUGAGGAAGAAGGUGGUGAAAAUGUUGAUGAAUCCUACUGGUGCGAGCCUAGUAAAGAUAGAUUGGGUUCAUUGUCUCAAGAUGGUGAGCAUGAUGCUCAGUUGCUACAUAAAGAUAUGUCUCCUCUUGUGGUUGAAGCAGAAACAGAAAUCAAUGAGGUGGGGGAAAUUAACAAUCAAAAUGAUGAUUCUGAUAAUGAUGAUGAUACAUUAUGGGAUUGGAUGAAAGCAGAUGAAGAUGAUGAAUCCUGA